UAUCCUAUAACUACAAAAUGAGGCCUCUCUUCUCUUCCUAUUCCCUCCCUCUUUUACUCUUGUUUAUCUCCACCUUCCAUACCAUAAACGCCAACAACCUCAUCCAUGAGACUUGCAAGAAAUGCUCGCAGAAAGAUCCAAACCUAAGCUACAACUUCUGUGUAAACUCUCUCCAAGCAGCCCCAAAAAGCCAGAGUGUUGAUGAUCUUCGUGAACUUGGUAAGAUAUCCAUCAAGUUAAUCAAACAGAACGUUACAAACACAAGGAGCCACAUCAAGAAGCUCCUGGGGAACAAAAACUCAGACUCUUUCAUUGAGUCCUGCUUGAGUGACUGCUUUGAUCUUUAUUCCGAUGCUGUACCCACUCUUAGUCAAGCCCUGAAAGACUACAAGGCUAAGCGCUAUGACGAUGCUAACAUUGAAGUAAGUUCAGUCUUAGAUGCCUCUACAACAUGUGAAGAUGGAUUCGAGGAAAAGAAAGGUGUGGUUUCGCCAUUGACAAAGAGAAACAACGACACGUUUCAGUUGUCUGCUAUAGCGCUUUCCAUAGUUAAUAUGUUAAAUUGAUUCAAGCACGUUGGUGCUUGUCUUUAUUCAAUGUUUUGUACCAGUUUGGUUUCUUAUUUGUAUUUUAACUUAUUGCAGAUAUAUUUUUUUUUUUUUUAAAGUGUUUAAUGAUUGUUGGGGCUC